AUGUGCCAGCAGUUUAGCCUAACACCACCGAGGCACACCUAUUUGAGCGGACGUGCACUGCUGAAUAUGACACAGAAGGACUUUGUUGCUUUGGCACCGGAAGGCGGUGACACGCUCUAUGCUCAACUACAGUUAUGGAAAACCGCCUUUGAAUCCUAUCAUCAACAGCAGAGUGGUGGACAGAGCAGCGGCGGUAUGACCGCUGCUGACAAUUCAAUGCCAAAGAACAAUUGGAUGGCCCCUGGCCAAACAAUGAUAGCAAAUGAUCAAAUGAAGGGUGCUGCGGUUUUUGGACAACAGUAUCCGGUCAACGAUAUACAACAACAGCAAUAUUUCGGUAAUGGUAACAUGAACACCGCACAAACCCCGCCAAGCGAAGAACAACGUCCCUCACCCUUUCCACGACAUUCCGGCACCGUACAUUUAUGGCAUUUCAUCCGAGAAUUGUUGGAUCAUCCUAAUAAACAAUAUGGAUCGUGUGUUCGUUGGGUGGAUCGCGACGAGGGAACGUUUAAAAUUGAGUCUUCUCAUCAUUUGGCGAGAUUCUGGGGUCAACGAAAGAAUCGUGCUCAGAUGAAUUACGAUAAAUUGUCACGAAGCCUCCGACAAUAUUACAAAAAAGGUAGUGUCUGAUC